CCCUUACUAUGUCAAUACUCAUAGAUCAGAGUCAGUUAUCUUCAGGAGUCUGUAGUUCCAGAACCCUCGUCAAGAAGAGACAUCUUUGUUUUUGUGGUGAGGCAGUUGCUGUGAUGUCUUCUUCGGCAGUAGCAAGCCAUGGAAGAAGGUAUGUUGGUUGUGGGAGAAUGCCAAAAUGCAAGUUCUUCGAGUGGAUUGAUGAUGAAGAAGAUGAGAAGAGCGGAUGGUUGAAGCAAAAGGAAAGGAGGGUCCGGUGCUUUUGUGGAGACACUCUGAUUCUUCGUAGUUCAAGUACAUCAAAAAAUCCAAAUAGAAGAUUCAUUUCUUGCCCUAAUAGGAGAUGCAAGUUUUUUGAGUGGGUUGAUGGGAAAGAAAAAAAGAUAUCUGGAGAAGAUGCAGUGAACAGUUCACAACAAGUACUUGGAAGGGUUAGAGAAUUUGAGGCACAAGAAAGGAAGAUAGACAGAUUAAGUGUGGAUCUAGAGAGAUUAAUUGCAGAGGUUGGAGAAGUAGAUGCCUGGGUAGGAAGGUUAUGUGCUGAGCUGAGUUCAGUGGAGGAGCAAUUUGCUAAGAUGGAAGAUAGUAUGAAAAAGCAAUACAAGAUGCUAGUUAUGCUGGGCUUGAUAUUAGGUGUUUUGAUUGUUGCAGUAUUAUAUGUAAAGAUGUAGAAAGCAUGGUUGUUAUGAUAAUGUAAUAGUCUAUAUAAGACAAUAGUGUACUGUUUAGCAUGGGUGCAAUGAAGUUAUAUGAAAUGUUUAAUUUUUGUAAAUGAAAGGUGUUCCU